UAAAUUGCGCGCUGGAGUUCACAUCAACUGGGAUGAUUUCAAGCCGAUGUAUAAUCUCAGGUUUCUUAAGAUAUAUAUCUCUAACCAAUCAGGAGGUUUACAACCAUGGAAGGAAUAUAUGACUCUAGAGAACAAUUUCAGUGUACAUAAGCUUAGGUUUCUACAUUGGGAUGCAUAUCCUUUUACAACCUUGCCUACCAGUAUCAGUCCAGAUUGUCUUGUUGAACUAAAGCUGUGUUACAGCAAGCUCAAGACCCUUUGGCGUGGAACACCGAAACUUGUGAAACUGAUGAAACUAGAUUUGACCGGAUCUAAGGAUCUAACAAAACUUCCAAAUCUCAAGGAAGCAAAGUCUCUAGAGGAGUUGAUACUGAAAGGUUGCAGCUCCUUGGAACGGAUUCCACACUCCAUAUGCAAAUUAUCUAGACUCCAGAAAAUUGAUGUGUCCAACUGUGACAGGCUGGAAAAGCUGAACAUCAGUAUAUCCGAUUCUAAAGAUAAUGGCUUUGAAGACACAAGCAUGUGCCUUAGAUCAGUCCACAUGUUUUUCUUUGGCACAGAGCCGUUUGUGGGAAAUAAACUGGGGUGCUCUCUUACAGACCCAUCAAUCAGAGGCAACUUACAAAUCUACUUGAAGCUUCUUGAAGGAUCUGCAGAUCAUCUAUCUUUUGUUUCUGAGGACCACGUCUGUCAUGACGUGGACCUCAAGUCACCUCCCUACGGUUUUAAAUCACUGGACAUCAUGCGGUUUAAGUGGAUUGAGAAGGGUAGUGAGUCCAAAUGUAAUAGCUUCUCAGGGUUCCCAUGGUUACAGGAGUUAAAUCUCAUCAACCUAAACAUCAAGAAGAUUCCAGAUGACAUUGACCAGAUGCACGUCCUAGAGAAGUUGGACCUCAGUGGGAAUCUUUUUGAGAAGUUACCUACGACAAUGAGUCAUCUCACCAAGUUGAAACAUCUGACGCUUUCCAACUGCCGCAGCCUUGAAGAACUGCCAGAACUAUCUCAGGUUGAGAGUCUAACACUUUCUGACUGUACCAACCUCCGAACUCUGGUGAAGAAACAUCAAGGAACAACAUACAAUCUCCUUGAGCUUUGGCUUGACAACUGCAAGAAAAUUGAGUCGUUACCAAAUGAGCUUAAGCAUUUCACCAAGCUGACAUGUUUAGAUCUCAGCAGACACGAUUUCAGGACAAUAUCGUCAAAGAUGGUGGGCGAGCUAACCUCCUUGGCAACUCUCAGUCUCAAUUACUGCAACAACCUUGUAUCACUGUCAGGGCUUCCACUGAGUCUCAAGUGUUUAAAUGCACAUGGCUGCAAGUCUUUAAAGACUUAUUCCCUUCAGGCCGCGCAUUCUAUUGAUCGCCUAGAUCUUAGCCCUUGCCCCAAUGGGAAGGACUAUAGUACAUUCACCAGGUUUCCAGCUGGAAGACGCAGUAAAGAGGUACCAGUAUGUGCUUGUCCUUGCUUCCAGGAAACAACAACACGUCGUAAGGUUAAACAUGCGACUUGUAGUCACAUGUCAAUCUUCUUGAGGUGUUUAAAGUCAUGGUUGUGGGAUUUCUUCCUGUGUUUAUUGGCUGUGGUUGUCGGCAUUUUUCUUGCGGUGAUAACCGAUCAUGUCAUCGCAACUACAUUAUUAAUGACUAUUUUUAUGUAUCUGAGGUUGUAAGAAACUACAUUAUAGGAGAUGUGUAAGUGUUUCAGUAACAUUUUAUUUUCAGUUGCUGAAUCAAAAGAGCUAUUGAAUGAUUCAUUUCA